AUGCGGACGGGGCUCUGCCUGGCCUUGGCUCUGUGCCUGCUCCCAUGGGGAGGGGCAGAGAGCGAGGUCGAGGGGAGCCGCUGCAGGCCGGCCCCGCCCUGGAAGAUCGAGGAGACGGAGCCAAUGAGUGCCUCCAUGGGGACGGUGACCGUGGUAGCACUCCUCAAGGCCAGCUGACCUUUCUGCCUGGUGCAGGCAUCCAGAAUGGAUGAGCUGCGCCUGAAGCUGACAGCGCAGGGUCUGACUAACAUCACCUUCAUGGUGGUGAACAGCCAGCACAAGGCAUCGCGGCGGCUUCAUCACCGGCUGCGACAGGAGAUGUCUGAUAACAUAACGCUGUACGCGCAGGAUCCUUGGCAGCCUGAUGUAUGGAAGACCCUGUCAGGUGACACAGAUGACUUCCUGGUGUAUGACAGGUGUGGUCGUCUCACCUCUCACAUCUGGACUCCGUACUCCAACCUCUCGACACCCUAUGUGGAAAAUGCCAUCCGAGAGUCGUACUGCAGCAGUGUCUGUGGAAGCUGCUCGUCAGAGGACUCAGAGCAAAUAGAAGCAUGUAAGAAGCCAGAGGAAACAGAAAGCGUGGACAAACUGAUGGGUGGCGAGACAGUGACUUCGGGACUGGAACACAUCAAGCUUCCUUUGCAUCAUUAUGAUCUUGAUGAAAGUAGCCAAAUUCACAGUCACAAGAAACAUCAUGUUGAUGGUCACGGUCACGGUCAUGGUCACGGUCAGGGUCAUGUUCAUGGUCACAGCCAAGAUCAUGACCAGAUUCUUCACAGUGGUAGUCACAGUCAUGGAGACCAUCCUGGCCACAGGCUUCAGUUAGACCAGCAGGACUUCCAAAACAUUCAGCCCCAGCUGAACCAGCAGGAGGUUCUCCACCUCUCUGUUCAGCGGCAACGGGAGCCCUGAAAGAGAGAGCAGCCCAGGUGAAGAGUGCAGUACAGCUGAGAGCAGGGGGUGGAGUCACAUGACUCCGCCUCUGUGACCAGCUGAUGCUGACACUGACGCCAGCUGUUCGGCAGCGAUGGGGCCAAUGGACCGGCCGCCCUCUGACACUGCGAGGCACAACUUCCCACCUCCUGACAGUGACGGGGGUCGAUGGGCGGCAUCCGAGACGUCAGGGAAACCUGACAGUGACGCAUGCCCCCCGCUGCCUGACAGCAGCUUCAGCCCACCUGAGCCUGACCACAGGGCCGUAGCACCUGAGAGUGACAAGAGCAGUAAGCAGGGCCUCCACUCUGCUGUGCCGCUACACCUCAGGCUGCACAAACAGCCCAGUGUUAAAGACCAUUCGCUGUGGACUCCUGCCUGGGAUGUCCAAUUUACCAACUAGUAUUAGAACGGGGGUUCAAGUCAGUUCCAAGCUGCAGGGAAAGGGACAGCUGUAGUCAAAAGUAUUGGCACAUAAUAUCAGAGACAGUCAGAUUAGACAGCUACAUACAUCCAGUCACUGACUACAGGGGGAGUGACCCUGUCUCUUUGCCUGCAGACUUGCCCCAGAGCGGACGGUCAGGCCGUGUUAGUGCUCUCUGUCCUUUCCUAAGCUGGCUUUGCCUUUAUGACGCCAGGUGCAGAAACUAUGACCUAGUGGUGCCUGUCUGAUGUUAGGCAGAGCCAGUGGAAAGGGUCAGGAGCACUUUGACCAUCAACAUCAGUGGCAUGAGAGUAUAUGUGGACAACAGUGACCCAAAGCCACACAAUAGGUAGAUCUCAAAGUUUUAAAGAGCAUUAAGGUGAACAGAAAAAGUAAAGCGAAACAAUAAACUAAGUUCUAACAAUGUGAUGUGAUGACUCACCUGUAAAGGUGAUGGUGUGAGGUUUGGCUUUUUAACUGUCUUUAUCUUCAUUUUCAUCAUACGAUCUCCUGUUCCCUUUAAUGUGUGAAUGACAUGCAUUCUUAGCGUAACUCUUCAACUCUAUGCACUUGCUACAUAUCUAUCCAAAACGGCAUUCAUAGUAUUUUAGAACACGGGUUUGGUUUUAAAAAGCCAAUAUGUUUUUUUAGAAGUAAUUCUCAUUAGCUGUAGGCAAAGCACAUUUACAGUUUAAAUAGCUAUUAUACCUUUAAAAACUAUGUAUAACCAUUUGUGAUUGUAACAAAACGGAGCAAAAAAGAAUGAUGAAAUGACUUAUGGUAUGAAGAAGGUGAAAAAGGAAAGAUGUUUCAAACAUUCUUUAUACUUAAUGAAGGUGUCAAGGUAAAAACAAAUCCUAUGUUACCAGACAAUGUGUAUAGAAAAUGUUAGAAACAAUGAAUGCUCCAAAAAUAUCAAUCGGAAAUUCAAUAAAGAUGGUCUGUACACUUUG